AUAUUGCGUUUGUUUGCUAAUGUUAAUGGACUGAUAACGCACAGAUAGCCGUGGUGCUGUGUUCAAUAACAUCACGGCUGGAACGCACUUUUGACCACUCAGAUUGUGUUGUCGGAACUAAUCAUUUCAUCAUGAUAUUGCAUGAUAUCUCUCCCCCUACAGAGUCUGAGGAGAUAGGAGCAAAGGAGAAGCGGGAACUACAAACCAGGAGUUCAUCAUGCCCACCUGGUUGGCACAGAUAUGAGACACGCUGCUAUCACUACGUCCCCUUCUUGGUGAACUGGCCAGAGGCAGAGCAUUACUGUUUGCUAUUGGGAGGUAACCUGGCGUCAGUGCACAGCCUCUCCCAGUAUAACUUCCUUCAGUCAGUCAUUCAAAGUAGUGCCAACAGAGCCCAGCGCACCUGGAUUGGAGCCAACGAUGCCAUCAAGGAGGGUCUUUGGCUGUGGAGCGACGGGUCCAGGUUUAGCUACCAGAACUGGGGCCAGGGGCAACCCGAUAACAGCUACCAUGGUGCUGGGAACGACAACACGAAUGGCCAUGAGCAUUGUAUGGAGAUGAACUAUGGAGAUGACUUCGGGCAGAAUGAUUUACCCUGCUGGACGCAACUUCCAUUCAUGUGUUCCAGAAAGCUGUAAUAUSUACCGAUUGGGAGAGAAUUCAUGUUCUAACGUUACUCCCCUGGUUAGUCAGUCAUCAUGUUUCAUGUACUUUUAGAUUCUUGCUGAUUUCAUUCAUGUGAUUGUAUUGCCUUAUCUUGAUUAUUGCUGAUUAUGUGAAGUGACUUUGGGUGUAUAAAAAUCGCUUAAAAUAAAAUGUAUUAUUACAUCUGA